GAUUCUUGCGUUGCGAGUAGACACUAGUACAUCCAACUCAAGCUCAUACUAAACACAGAUAAACACGUAAUUAGGAAAAUGGAUCCUAAAAUAGAAGAAUAUACAUAUGGUUUUUGGAAAAUAAAAGCACAAAAAGGUGCUAUUUUGAAGUCAUACGAGGCUGAUAAUUUGCAGUCGAAUUUGGGGUUUGCACCUCCCGAGAUGACAUUUGGAAAGAAUCUCAUUACAGUUUUUUAUAAAGAUAGCCCAAUCUACGGGUUUUUUACCAAGGAUGCUUUAGAAAUGGUCGGUAAAGGAUCAGGUGAAUUGAUGCAAGUUUCAUUCGCAGAAGAAUGGAUAAAAUCAAGAACAAAGACUGGAGAGAGCUUUCCAGUUGUCUCUCCAUAUGAUUGGACUUACUAUACGGAAUAUCAGGGUACAAUUUUAGACGGAAACCUUUGCUUCAAAGAUGUCCAGGACCAAAUCCCUGCCGCAGAGAUUUUGCAAGCUGGUAGUAACUUAUGGUACAGCGAGUUGAUUUUAUUCGAAGACGAAUUAGCUGACAAUGGCAAAGCAAUGUUUGACGUUCGAGUACGGGUAGUGAAAGGACAUUUGAUUUUGCUAGCAAGAUUGGUAAUGCGUUUGGAUAAUGUGAUAGUGCGUGUUAAUGAGACAAGGAUCUAUAUCGAUUUGAAUGGGAACCGAAUACUAAAAGACUUCCGUAAAAAAGAGUCUAAUUAUGAGAGCGUCAUCAAACGUAUACCUCUAGGGUCAGAUAAAGCAAGACUUUUGGAUGAUAAUAACUGGCUUAGUGAAAGUCUACCAUUACAGUAUCACAACAUAUCAGAGCUCCAGGGUGUACAUUGAGUACGUGUGUAAUUUGAAUAUUUUGGAAGUCAUCUGGCUUAUUGCUGUCAUCCAAGAAUUUCUGAUUUGGAUGGUAGUACUAUCAUUUGUACAGAUUCCUUUCACAAGGAUAAGUAUUCGCAACACAUGCAUCGCUUUCAUGAAAUUCAUUAAUGGACAAGAAGAUACUUUCCCGUUAUUCAAUUUUUUACGGAAUUAGAGUUUACUGACUUAUGUAUUAAUAUCUGUUUCCUUAUAGCUAUGUAAUAUUAUGCUGAUUAGUUAGUUUGCUAACUUUUAAAAUACACAAAGGAACAAUUGCUCUGGGUUUUGUAUGAAUAGUCAAGCAGAAAGCAUGUCUUCUAAUAAUAAUACCUAUUGGCACUAAAAAUAAAAUAAUAAAUUUCACUUACA